CAACAAUGUUCUGUGUCAACAAUCACGACAUGGCGACAUGGCUUUUGCAACAGAAGUUGGUUGGCAAAACAAUGAAACUUAAAUUGAAGGAUUCACAGCCUGACCUGAAAGUCCCGAGUUAGUAAAUAAUGGCGAAUGUUUGUAUGGUGAAACGUGUUUUGUGAAAUUAUGUUCCAUACAGCUCACAGCUUUAACUUAAUUGAAUCGAAAGAAACUUGCUUGUUUAAGUUUUACCCACAACCCAUUUAUUAAGGAAUAUAAUAAAACAUGUUAUGUUAUUUGCAAAUAAUGGCAAUUUUUCUUCUAUUACUUUUCCAUCUAUCAUUGUUGCAUGCUAUGUCAAUUGAAGAUUUACAGUCAAUUUUUGGUAACAAGCACUGCAUAGAAGCAUCUUUAUUUUCACUUUCUUCAGACAAAAGUGAUAAAAUCUUGCUGAUGGAAGAGUCAACUCAAACUGAGGAAACUUUGCUCAAUAAUACUAGAAGAUUCGAUGCAAGUAUGACAUCAAAAAUAAAUGAAUUGGCACAGUAUAAUGGAAUUGAGUUUGUUUACAAACUGCUAACAGAAGAAGGGCCACCUCAUGCAAAAACUUUCACGGUUGCCUUGAUACUAGGAGACGAGACUUAUGAGGCGUCAGGUCCUAGUUUAAAAAAAGCUAAACAGUCAGCAGCAGGUCAAGCACUGCGAAACACUUUGUAUGAACAUCCCCCAGAAAGAAUACAAGAAAAUCAGGAAAAUUUACAAACACCUACAGUUUUGCUAAAUAAUGUUGCAAUGAAACUGGGCAUACAUGUUUCAUAUUAUUUAUUGAAUGGACAAGAAGAGCAGACAAUAAAUAGUUAUGGUGUUCUUGAUGAACCAUAUGGAAAAUCAAAGAGUUACUAUCCUAAAAUAAACAGCUCUUCCGAUCCUCUAAGAGUUCCUGUGGAAGAUCCACAAUUGUCUGGGCCAUUCACUGUAAAAGUGAAAGUUGGUGAAUUAUUAUCAGUUAAAGGUGUUGCUCAUACUGUGCAAGCUGCACGUCAUGAUGCUGCUUUUAAAGCCUUAAGGAAGAUGGAGGAGCAAGCUUUGUUCAGAGAUAAUGUGUGUUCGAAGGAAGAUUCUGUCGAAGAGUGUAAGAAAACAAAGGAAAGCAUAAAGUCUCCUAUAUCACGAGUAUAUGAAGCAGGUCAAAAGCAUAAUUUGAAAGUGGAAUUUAAUAUAAUUAGUGAGACAGGGAAAUCCCACAAAAAAGUUUUUGUAACCCAAUGUAUAAUGGGUGAUUUUAUAACAGAGGGAGAGGGCUUUUCUAAAAAAGAAUCAAAGAAAACAGCAGCCGAGAAAAUGUUAAAGUAUUUAUCCCACUUGCCAGAAAAAUAUAACGAGAACGGGAUACUUCGUGGUCUGUCUAACAAAAAGAAGAAAAAGAAAAAUCCAAAGAUUAUAAAGGAGAAUGUUAGUAGUGUUAUGAAGGAUCUGUUGUAUAUGGCUUCCUCACUUUGGCCAGAAAAUGAAAAGAUUACCACAAAUAAUUAUCAAUCGUCUCAUGAUGAUGACAAAACAACAGGCACAAGCAAAGGGAGUUCUUUAAAAAAUAAAAUAUUAGAGGUCGGAAGUAAAUUAAACAUUCCUAUGGAAUUUACGGAUUUAAGUAAUUAUGGAGACAUUUUUUUCUCAUUGAUGACUUUGGGCGUGGAUCCUCCUCACUUGUGCUUAGGUAAAGCUGCAACACGUGAGAAGUCACAUGAAGCAGCGGCUGUACAUGGAAUAAAAUAUUUACACAAUUCCGGAAUCUUUGAGAAAACGAAAUUUGUACAAUUUCAAAGUUUGUUGAGUGACGUCGCAAUGGCUGACUUCGAAGAUGAGGCAGAGUACAACCAUUUUAGAAAUGUAGAGAAAAACUUAUGAUCAUAUCAAGCUUGCGAUCACAACAGUGGUGUCGGAGAUGAGUUUUUCUUUAUACAUAUUUUUUUCGUGUACUCGCUAGAAAAGCAUACUUUUUUUUUAUCAAAAACAAUAAAGAAAAGUGGCAAUUUUCCAGUUAGCAACCACAUUAGAAAACGUAAUUCCAGAAGAACUUGACAACUGUAAAUAUCCGUAGUUAUUAUUUAGGUUUGAAAUUGUAAUUCUAGAAGAUGAUGGCAACUAAGAGUCGAAAACUUUUGUGCCAAACAUUUCUUGAGUAUUAUAUUUAGAUUGAACUUUUUUUUUGGGGCCUCGACUUUAUUUUUUUUAUGUUUAAAAACUUCAAAAAAACGAAAAAAUAGUAUGUUGCACGCGUGUAAAACGACCACUUUUCUUUACUUGUAGAACAAUUUACUAUUGUUUGUUUGUUUCAUUUUUAUUGUUAUAAUAAAUUAAAUAUUUUUUAACCAAAA